CACGAUCGGGUCUCGCGAUGAGGGCCAGGCCUGCACUUCCCUGCGCUCAAGGCUACUUAAGCCCAGCUGCCAUUAGUACAAAGCAGAACACACCUUAGACAACUUGCACAGAAAGCAUAAGUUUCGAGAACGUUCACAAUUUGAAUAGUCGGCUGGGACAGCUCCGAGCACCUGGCCUCUGACUUGAGCAGCCACGAAUUAUCUGAGCUUCCGGCAACUUCUACACCCGCCUAUCCAGCUCGCUCGGCCGAGCCUCGCAACCGUCUGAGCGGUCCCCAGCGACCAUCAUGCCAGGAAAAGGCAAGGGCGGCAAGGGCCUGGGCAAGGGCGGUGCCAAGCGUCACCGCAAGGUUCUGCGCGACAACAUCCAGGGCGUCACCAAGCCUGCUAUUCGUCGCCUGGCUCGCCGCGGUGGCGUGAAGCGCAUCAGCGGCCUCAUCUACGAGGAGGUUCGCACUGUGCUCAAGACCUUCCUGGAGAAUGUCAUCCGCGACUCGGUCACCUACACGGAGCACGCACGCCGUCAGACCGUGACGGCCCUGGAUGUCAUCUACGCGCUCAAGCGCCAGAACCGCACCCUGUACGGCUUCGGCGGCUGAAUCGGCAACGAGUGUGCUCCUGGUGCCCCGCCAAAGGCCGCUUCUGCUGCUGCAGUGGAGGCGUAGCUUGACGCGGAUCGUUACCAAAACAACCCGGUGUUUCUCAACACCACCACAACACUAAAUCCAACUAGGUCGAGCCUCAGCAGGGGUGCGACGCAGCGCCCCGCCUUGUGUCAAUAACUAUGAGUAACUAUGAGGGCUUGCUCCCGAAAAUUGAGCGCUUGGUUGUGCUCGUGCCUGGCACGUUGGUUAUCAGUCCCAGCCACGCACUCGGGGGCAGAUAACCCUAGCAAUCGCGGCCACAUCCCCGCCCUUGCCGGUGCGGCUGGGCCUACCGACCUCACUCGCGCUGGGGCCAAAAAGCACCACUAUCGUAUAGCAGUACAGCGCCAUGAAUUAAUAAUCCCCAGUACUCUAAAUAAAUACGGCACCAGGGGGGGUAGAAAGCUCAGAUUCUUACCCCAUGCUGAAAAUUACAGAGCUUUAGGAGAGCAUUAUGCACGUACUUUUAGUUUCUUAAGGGGGUGUCUGGUGAGGAAGUUCUGGGCCGCCAAAGUUGGGGGGUCGGUCCUCGUCCCUGGGGGUCCGUCGGGUUUCGGGAGCCCAUCCCGGCGGAUUUCGGGAAGCGCCCCACAAGCAGAACUAGGGGCCAAACGCAGCAGUACGAGGCUCAUAUGUGCACGUUAUGACGUAAUAAGCACAAACAAAGCGUGGGAGGGCUAAGUUGCGCGUCCGGGCGUGGACAUGUCGGGACACGUCUCCACAUUCAACACAUGCGCACUGACACAGCUUGGCUCUGAAGCGCUGGUGCGCUCGAGUUCACGUCUAACAAGGCUGCCGGUGCACAUUGUCCAUUCGUCACGCGGCAGAGAGUUGAGCGCGGGGUGGUCUGGGUCGAGGGGAUUUCCAUGGAUAGGAUCCCGCCGGUGACCGAAGUCUCAGAACAGGACCGCUGAUGACACGGAGUGAUAGUGCUCGUCAAGAGGAGUCGAUUGACACC